CUGAUUAUACUGUUGUUUGCAAUAAAAUAAUGGCUAAAUACAAUAUCUACCUAUCUAAUAUCUGUAAUUUAUUGUUUACAUCCUUAUACUGAAGUGAAAGUGAAAUAUUGUCUAAUUAUAAAUGUAUUGAACAGAGUCUGUGAUAACAUCUGAUAUAAUGUCUGCAAUUCCUUCACUCAAAUCCAUAACAAAUAUAUUGCGGUUUAAUAGCAAAGUCUUCGCAAAACUGUCCCUACUUUCAGCCAAUAUUGAGCAGAGAUUGACAGUCAGGUCAACACAUAAUCAAAACGAUGGCAACAAUGCAUCCAAAAAACAAAGACCCGACUCAUCGCAUGGAUGAGAGACACUUAUGCCUCACCUGCCCUCCCUCCCUGUCCUCCCUGUCCUUCCAUCAUACUAUCCAAAGACAACUCGCGGCCAGUCGUGGAAAGUGUAGUAUUGUAUGGACUCUGAGAGUGAACAAGAGGUACAAAACAGAAGCGAAAAAAAUAGUAGUGAAUGGAGUGAUGCAACUGCCGUUCCCCUGCCGGCCCCGUAGAGGCUGUGACGUUACAACGACCUCAAACGCACCGUCACAUCGUUUAGUCCAAUGA